GUGUGCGUUCCCAAUUCAUACCUUUCUCUUCCAUAAAUUUGGCUGAGGCGGAGUGUUUAGGAUCAUUGUCUUGGAAUAUCCUAUGACAAAAGACAAAGAAUGCAGACUACCAGAUUUUACGGGAGUGCCAAAACCCACCCAUCAGUGGCACAGAAACUUGCUGCAUUAGUCCCACAAAAGAAGAAGAAAACUGCCAAGGCGGCUCAGAAAGAAAAUGUGGUGAAACCACGAAAAAAUGCCAAGGCAAAGAAUAAUACGUUGGAGAUGAUAUGUGGUGUGGCAAAUGAUGUAAUUGUUCCAUCUCCUGCAGAUCACAGUGUUCAGCCAAUGAAUCUGGAAAUACCGGUGCUAGAGGACGUGACAAACACGCUGCAUCAGGAAGCUUCUUUUUUGGACCAUGUAGCCACCCCUGGACAAGAAGACAUGACACAUUCACCACGAAGAAGGUUGCAUUUCACAGAUGUGAACACCAAAGUGCAGGACUGCCAGUGUACCUGUCCUGUUUUACUAAAGGAGCUACUCAGUAAGGUGACCAAUAUGGAGUCAGAAGUUGGUGGACAGGUCAAUCAGCUGCAGACCGCUGUGGCUGGCCUUAAAGAAGGCAUAAAGGAACAGAUGGUAGAAGCCAUGAAGAAAGUUAUUGAACAAACGAGGGAAGAAUGGCAAGUUGGAGUUUGCCGCACCAUCAUUGCAACACACCACCAAGCGGUUCAAGUCAGCGGCCUGGACGACCGAGGCCUGGAGGACCGCAGAGGAGGCCUGGAGGACCGCAGAGGAGGCCUGGAGGACCGCAGAGGAGGCCUGGAGGACCGCAGCGGAGGCCUGGAGGACCGCAGCGGACUUGACGAAGUCAGCGGCAUGGACGACCACAGAGGAGGCCUGGAGGACCGCAGAGGAGGCCUGGAGGACCGCAGAGGAGGCCUGGAGGACCGCAGAAGAGACCAGGAGGACCGCAGAAGAGACCUGGAGGACCGCAGAGGAGGCCUGGAGGACCGCAGAGGAGGCCUGGAGGACAGCAGAUGAGGCCUGGAGGACCGCAGAGGAGGCCUGGAGGACCGCAGAGGAGGCCUGGAGGACCGCAGAGGAGGCCUGGAGGACCGCAGAAGAGACCUGGAGGACAGCAGAGGAGGCCUGGAGGACCGCAGAAGAGACCUGGAGGACCGCAGAGGAGGCCUGGAGGACCGCAGAGGAGGCCUGGAGGACCGCAGAGGAGGCCUGGAGGACCGCAGAGGCCUGGACCACAGCAGCGGACUGGACGAAGUCAGCGACUUGGACGACCGCAGAGGAGGCCUGGAGGACCGCAGAAGAGACCUGGAGGACCGCAGAAGAGACCAGGAGGACCGCAGAAGAGACCUGGAGGACCGCAG